AUGUUUCAAAAUAUAAUAGCAAGAAAACCUUGUUCUAAAUUGGUGGAUGGAUUGACUACAAGCAGUCAAUUGGGACGCCCGUCGUUUGAGAAGGCAUUGUUACAACAUGCGAGAUACCUCGAAGCGUUGCAAGAGUGCGGAUGCAAUGUGGAGGUAUUAGAUGCCAACGAGGCGUUCCCCGACUCGGUCUUUGUCGAGGAUGUGGCGGUACUCACACCAAAGGUUGCUGUUAUAACUAGACCUGGUGCAAAGUCGAGAGUGGGCGAAAUAGAUCUACCAGACUUGCACGUUGCAAUCUACAACUAUUACCGUGACCGAGGGGUCGAGGAGAUUAAGCAUCCGGGCACACUAGACGGUGGUGAUGUGUUGAUGGUUGGAGACCACUACUACAUUGGAUUGUCAUCAAGAACCAACCAAGAAGGUGCGAAUCAACUCAUUGCAAUAUUAAACAAGUAUGGUAUGAGUGGAGAGGCUGUUCAAGUACCCGAAUCAUUACAUCUCAAAACAAGUGUCUCGUAUCUAGGUAACAACACAUUGCUUGGAUGGAAUGAGUUUAAAGAAUUAGAGCCAUUCAAAAAGUUUGCAUUCAUCACUGUCGAUUCCCUCGACGAGCUCUAUUGUGCCAACAGCGUCGAAGUCAACGGCACCAUCAUCAUGCCAGCCAACAACCCCCACACCAAAGCCAAACUUGAAGGACAAGGCCUAAAGGUCCGAGAAGUAGACACUAGUGAAUUUCAAAAGUUGGAUGGAGGUGUAUCUUGUUUAAGUUUACGUUUCUAA